AUGAAUCUUCUCACCGAAAAGUCCAUGACAUGCAGCGGUGCUUUUCCUUUGAUGGCAUCCAAUAGUGGUGAAUUUGUUUUCAAUCAACCACGAGUACAUCAAGCUGUCAUGCCAGCUGCUAACGGUAUUUCAAAUGCUCAUUCACUUGCACGAAUUUACGCGUUACUCAUUGGUGAUGUUAAUGAAAAUGGUAACACGGCAGCAUGUCUUCUAAGCAAGAAAACAUUACAAUUGGCUACUGAAAAUGUGACACCACCAGAUGAGCACGAUCAAGCUCUUUUUGGUUUGAUGACUAAAUUUUCACGGGGAGGAUUUGAAUUAUAUGGCGAUUUUUUCAACGUGCUGGGUGAAGAUGGAUUCGGUCAUAAAGAUGUGCGAUGCAUUUUUUCUUUACUUAAUUCAAAAAAUAGUGCAAUACCUUUCUUUUUGUUAUUAGGCAUGGGUGGUAGUCUUGCUUUUGCAUCAUCUUCACGACAGUUAGCUUUCGCAUAUGUAUUCAAUCAACUGGAUUUCAGCACAUUGACAACUGAUCCGAGAAAUCUUCAAAUUUUCAAAAUAAUUGAUACUAUUAUCAAAGAAAAAACGGUCUCAUGA